AUGUCCCAAGAGGAGUUCGGCUUCGCAGGCGUUGACGGUGGCAGAAUCACGCUGCCCUGCGACGCAUCGGUGAUGGAGUACGUGAUGUGCUUGCUCAGGAGAAGUGCCUCUGCAGAGAUGGAAGCCGCGUUCCUCCACUCCAUGGCGAUGCCAUGCCACUAUCAUGCGGCGGCACAUCUGGGAGUUAGCCAGCAUUUUGGUGUCUGCAGCUCCUGA